GAUUGAUAAAAUUCUAAGAAUUUACAUUAUCAUUUUAUUUUUUUAACAUUGAUUCCUUUUGCGUUUCUAAAUGACCAAACCAUCAUAAAAUCUAUGGACACAGAUGACAUAAAAAAAAGACACAACAGGACAGUUAUUUAUUUAAAAUUCAGUUCUGUUGUUUUAAAACAUUUACGUUCUUCUUUGGGUUUUUUCAGGUUUAAAUGGAGAGUUUCGACUUCCUGGCACUAUUAAAGAAACACGAGAAGAAGCACAAACGAAAACCGAUGCAGUUCGUUAGUGUUGCUGCUGGGGUUCAGAGGCGAUUGCAAAACAAUAUCAGAGAACGUAAAAGCAAUCGUCUUAGCAUUUUUGAUAGCAUUAGAAAGUUGGAGAAAUGUGACAGUCCUGUUGUACAGCUCACAAAAGCUCAACUCAAAGUAGAAAAGAGAAGGCAACAAUUAGAGAAAUGGAAGGAAGAGAAGGAGAAGCGAAAGAAGGAGGCUGCAGCGUUGAAGAAGAAACCAUUCUUAACUGGAGUUCCACAUGCGCCAUCCAAAUUAGUACCACCACCCCCAAAACCAAUGCCAAGUACAUCAGGCAGGGUCACACGAUCACAGUCAGCCAAGAACAGAGCAAGUCAGAAGAUUGAUAGUGGAAAGUGUGCUUCACAGUCAUUUGCACCAAAAAAUGCUGUAUUCAAACCUCCACAGAAUUUGGUUAAACUCCCAAAUUUGACUCAAAAUAAACCUAAAGUCACCAAAAAUACCAAUUCCAUUUUUGUAUUUGAUCCAGUAAUACCUAAAAACUUGAUGACCAAAGUAAAUGAUAAUGUAAAAGUUAGUAAGCUUAAAAAACAAGUUGAGACAAAUUUGAUAUGUAGCAAGAAUACAGAGGCUAAAAUGACUAAAGGGAAGGCUACCAAGCCAAUCCAAAGGCAGAAUUCACCAAAGAAAAUAAUCCAUACAUCUUCUAGUAGUGAAGUAGAGGAAAACAUUCACUCUCCAAUAUUGAACUCAUCAAGGAAAUCUUUACCAGCACAGAACUCUCCUCAAUUAUACCAAAAAACUCCUCGCAAGUCAAUUGGUGUUGUCCAAAAUUUUACACCAAAGAAUAACAUACCUAAGAGUGAGUCAAGGUCAGAAGAGAAGUUGAGAUCUCCUAAGUCCCCUACUAGCGAUGUGUUGAUGACCCCUGAACAGAUAGCUGAUGAGGCUAAAAAGAUUAGUCCAUGUGUGACAAUGUCGAGGGGGAAGGCUAAUGCUCGGAAAGAAAUGAAAAAGAAAUUAGAAGAAGGUCUCCUUGAUGAGGAUACAUGUGACAUUGAAAACGUGGACCAUUUUAGAAAGCAAUUGGCUUCAGAAGUGAAGCGCAUGACAGAAUUAUGUGAUACCUGGGAGAAGAUCUCUGAGCAGACGCCUCUGCCUGAUGCUAUACAGGAGGGAGUCUUAUCUGCUGUGGGUCAGGCUCGGCUGUUGAUGUCCCAGAAGCUGAUGCAGUUCUCAACCCUGGUGGAGCGCUGUGGCCGUCCGGAGCCCGGCGCCGCGCUCGUCACGCCCGCCGACCUGCACGGGUUCUGGGACAUGGUGUUCAUGCAGGUGGAAAAUGUCGAUAUGCGUUUCAAGAAGCUUGAAGAACUUCGACUAAGAGGGUGGAUUGACGACAAACCUGUUGAAGUAAAGAAGAAAAUUACUAAGAAUAAUGUAAAGAAGACUUCAAAGCCUAUGGGUGGAACAAGUAGAUUGAGGGAUAUGAUUGCCGCGGCAAGAAAAGCUAAAAAGGAACAAGAGUGCUAUGAGGCUCCGAAACCGCCGGAGCUGGGGGUCAGCAAGACAUUCGAGGCGGGGUUCUUCUGCGUGCAGUCACCGGUCCGCUCCCCGCGGGUCUCCACGCCGUCCACCAGUUGCACCUUGCUGAAGGCCGUGCUGUCCAGUGAAGCCAAGAAGGCUUCCGUUUCUGCCGCUAAAAAUGCCGCAUCGUUCGCCAUGCUGCGUGCCGCGGGACUCGCCAAGAACAUCGAGUGCGAUGGAGUCGCGCCCUUACCGCAGACGCCGCUGAACCCAGUGAACGUAUCCGCGACGCCGGCCCGCAGCAUCCUCAAGUCGGCUCAAGCUGAAAGAUCGAGCAAGAAAUCCAUCAAAGUCGUACUGUUCGACCGCUCCGAUCUAGAGCCGGACUGCCCCUCGGACACAGAGAGGCCCGAUUUGCACCAGGAAAAUGAGAACAAAGAAAAUUCUAGAAGAAAAUCAAAAUUGAUCCGACAAGACGCUACAGAAGAGCGAAGCCCCGUCAUGACGCGCAGCCGCCGGAAGAGCCUGCAGGGGGGCCGGGGCUCCGACGCCGCCACGAACUCGUCCAAGAAGAAGGCGCUGAGAGAAGUAGAACAGAACACGAGCGCAAGGGAGACUCCCGCGCGUUCUUCUAGAAGGAGGAAGAGCGGAGUCACCGUCGCCGCGUGAUGCAACCACAACUUGUGUUUAUAUCUCCUAAUCGUAACAAUUGUGUACUGAGCUAUGUAGACUAUUGAAAUUAUGUGUCUUAUUAUAAUAAUACCCUAUAUUGUAAUGUUUAGAAAAUAUUUAUGUUUUAGUAAAACAGAUGCGAUCCGAAGAGAACGUCCUCGCGAAGUCGAUUGAAUACUUUUUAUGUUUACUUUUAUAUAUACAGUUAAAGCUCUUUAUUCGCGGUAUAUUAUUAUGUUUCGUAAAUAUGCCGCGAAUACAGAAAUCGUGAAUAUGGAAUGGUAAUGCGGCUCAUAACAAAAGGACGGAACGUCUCGUGUGGUACCAUUUAAAAAUAUACUUUAUGCACUGAGUAAUAAGCUUGAUUUAUUUGGUUUGUUUAUUCUCAAAAACAAAACAUACAUACUUUAGGCUAGGUUGUAAUAAGGUCUAAUUUACUUUUUUAUUAGUCGUUUUCACGACGCCUACAAAUGACAUUCGGUUGGAUACCUACCGAAUCCUCUUUAUCAAUGUGUACCGAUGUACCGAUUAUAUCCGGGAAUAAAAAAAUAUUUAGCCGCGAAAACAGGAAUUCGGUCACAUUUUUGUAAUUCGCGAAUAAUGAAAACUCUAAUGAGGGACGCGCGAAUAAAGAGCUUUUACUGUAUAAAUAAAAGUGAAUGUUGGUUCGUGUGACCCGGGCUUGUGUUGUUUACACAAAUAUACCUUUUUAUUUUCGAAUAAUGGCAUAUUGGUAAUAACUAGUUGUAUUUUGAAAAUGUUAAUCCUCGAAAUGUGUGGUAAAUCGUGUGUAUGAGACUUAUUUUAAUUUUAAAUAAAAUGAUAAUUUACA